AUGACGGAACUUAAUAUAAAUCAAACAUUAUUUGUAGUUAUUUUUUCUUUAAUAGCAGUCAUUAUUGUACUUUCAACAUAUGUUUGCUGGCUAAAAAGGAUGAAAAUGAGAGCUAAAAAUGAUAUAUUAGCUGAACAAUAUAGACUAGAAAGACAACAACAGCAGUCAAAUUUAUCUGCAAGUCAACUUCAAGAAUUAAAGCCUGUUUUAUUACAAAAAUUAUACAAUAUUCAACCAGCUCCAGCUUAUAGUAAUCCAUUUGAAGAUACCCCACAAUAUACCCCGUCAUCUACUACUGUUAUUCGUGAUGAACAUCUUUUAGUUAAUAUUCGUGAUGAUUCAGAAAGAGAUGCGACCGUUAUACAUACUGAUCUUCAUAAUAAUACAAGAUAA